AUCAUUUAAUAAGGCGUUUCACUUGACAAGGCGACAGCUCUAAAAUUUUCUUUCCCACAAUUUGUUAAUUUCGUUUUCCUCUGGCUUCUGGGUAUGCCUAGGUUUCGGUUUUUCUCCUGUCUUGGAUUUAGUAAGGUGCAGCGCUCACAUUCGGAGAGAAGAGAUGAUCGUGAUGAAGCAGAACAAGCUGAAUUUCAGAAUGGUAAAGCAGAUCGUUAUGAAGGAGAACAAGCUGAAUUUCAGUAUGAUCUAAACAAUGUUCGUGUCUUCGAAUCCAAAGAGCUAAUUGUCUCCACUGAUAAUUUCAAUCCAGGACGUGUUUUCGGUGAAGGAAGUUCGGGACGAGUGUAUAAGGGUAUUCUCAAAGACGGACAGGAAGUUGCCGUGAAAAGGUUUGAUCGGCAGGAAAAUUUGGGCAAGGAAGUUCAAAUACUCAGCUGCCUAGAGCAUCCUAACCUCGUUAAGAUGAUUGGCUAUUGUGAUGAAGGGAAAGAUCACAUUAUUGUUUAUGAAUUUGUUCCAUUAAGAUCGUUAAAUCUUCAUUUACAUGACCUUAAACCCGGGGAAAAGCAUCUAGACUGGAAGACAAGGAUGAAGAUAGCAGAAGGUGUUGCAAAAGCUUUAAAAUACUUGCAUGAUCAAAAUGAUCCUCCUAUAAUCCACUCUGACCUGAAAGGAUCCGGUAUUUUGCUCGAUGAGAAUUAUAAUCCAAAGCUGUCAGAGUUCAUUUGUGCAGAAUAUGAUGCCACAUGGGAUAACACCAUGAUCAACCUGACAUGUGGUUAUCUUGAUCCAGAGUAUACUAUGACUGGCAGAAUCACUAAUAAGUCUGAUGUCUACAGUUUUGGUGUUGUUUUGCUUGAGUUGAUCUGUGGGAAGAAGGCAUUUGAUCCAACCAUAAGGCGCAGUAUUGUUUCAUGGGCACGGCCAUUACUUGAAGACAGUAAGAAGUUCGCAGAAAUUGCUGACCCACUCAUGAAAGGACAGUAUCCACAUCGUGCACUUGUCCAAGCUCUCGAUCUUGUGAAAUUGUGUUUACAAGAAGACGCUAACGAAAGACCUCUUGCAGCAGAAGUUGUGAUUACCCUUACAAAUAUACGAAAGAGCAUAUGGUACAACCGAAGCUGAUCCAUUUACUUCGUCAAUGACCAUGGUGCGUUGAGGACAAGCAGUUGCGUAAGUAAAAUCAUGUGGCCAGAGGUCUACUAAAGUUAUGGAACAAUCACCUAAGACUGUUAUGAUUUAAAGCAGUAAACCUAGUGAGUGUAGGAUCGAGCAAGAGAAAGGAGAGCACAACGCGAAGCAAAUAAAACGAUUACAUUGAUAAUCAGUUUGGUGUACAUAAACUCAUGGCUUAAUAGCCUACUUAUAGUCUCACAAACUUGACGAUCA